AUUCUGUAUCGGAGAAUUCUAGAACCCUCCAAUAUAUUGUAUUGUAUUCUAUCCAUCACCAAAUAAAAACCCAAUCUUUAGGGUUUAUCCUUUCACAUUUCAUCUCACUUCUCAAACUUCGUCCCACACUUUCGAUAAGUUAAGAAGAACACAUUUACAAUGGCGACUACCCAACUCACUGCAUCAUCUAUUUCUACGAGGAGCCUUUCAUCCUUUGAAGGAUUUCGAACUUCGGCAAUUCAAUUUCCUCGUAAGCAUGCUGCAAUUGGCAUUCACACACAAAGGUCGUUCCCUUCUCUGGUUGUCAAAGCUGCCACUGUUGUCGCUCCCAAGCAUACCACUGUCAAGCCACUAGGUGAUAGAGUACUGGUAAAAAUUAAGGAUGCCGAAGAGAAAACUCAGGGUGGAAUUUUAUUGCCAUCAACUGCUCAAUCAAAGCCUCAAGGGGGUGAGGUGGUUUCUGUUGGAGAAGGGAAGUCAAUUGGGAAGAACAAAGUGGAGAUUAGUGUGAAGGCAGGUGCACAAGUUGUGUAUUCAAAGUAUGCAGGAACUGAGGUGGAGUUCAAUGGUACAAAACAUCUUAUAUUGAAGGAUGACGACAUCAUUGGUAUCCUUGAAACCGAUGAGGUCAAGGAUCUUAAACCCUUGAAUGAUAGAGUAUUGAUAAAGGUUGCAGAUGCUGAGGAAAAAACUGCUGGUGGUUUGUUGCUCACAGAGGCAACCAAGGAGAAACCAUCCAUUGGAACCGUGAUAGCAGUUGGUCCAGGGUCUGUGGAUGAGGAAGGUAACAGAAAACCAUUAUCCAUUACAUCUGGGAAUACAGUUCUGUACUCAAAAUAUGCGGGGAAUGACUUCAAGGGCAAAGAUGGUUCUAACUAUAUUGCUUUGAGAGCCUCAGAUGUCAUGGCUAUCCUCUCUUAGUAAUUAAUUAUUUUGUUUUAGAACCUAAUAUUUUUUUUGUCUGAGGGAUAUUGUCAUUUUUUUUUGCAACGAGGCUUGAAAUAUAUUAGUUGAUUGCAGCUAUCUUCCAUGCACAAUCUGCAUGAUCUCUGUUGUACCUGUUGUUUUGCAUUAUUGUCAAUGGCUAUUCACCUGCUCAUGGUUCCCAUGCAUACACUUAGCAGCUGAUUUCCAGCGCGGACCAUUUUCAAUAUAUAGAGAUGGAUGAUUGAGUGAAUUCUCAAUUUGGUCUAAAA